AUGGUUAUAUUACGGCAGACGCUUAGGAGUUUAUGUUCCCCAGAUGGAUGGACCUAUGCAGUGUUCUGGAAGCUCAAGAGACGUAACAGAAUGGUCUUGACUUGGGAGGAUGGAUAUUUUUCGAUGGAUACCCCGGGAGCGAUUCAGAAGGAUCAGAGUGCAGAUAUUAGUAGCAUUGACGGAAAUGUGCUCGGCAUGGCGGUCGCGAAGAUGUCUUAUCACAUAUAUUCGUUCGGAGAAGGAGUCGUGGGAAGAGUGGCUUUCUCUGGGAAGCAUCAAUGGAUAUUCGCUCCACGAUCUCAAGGAGCCUCAGGCAUGGACUCUCGCCACGGGUUCUCGUCCAUGAAGGGAUAUGGAGGCUGCACGGGUGUUGACAAGUAUCCAUCCGGAUGGGAUGAUCAAUUUGCUGCUGGAGUGAAGACUAUUGCUGUCAUCGCCGUUCCGGAGGGAGUCUUGCAACUCGGCUCCAGUCGAUCGAUGCCAGAGGACUUAAAGUUUGUUUCUCACAUCCGCUCUCUCUUCGCGGCGCUUCAAACAGUCCCUGGAGCGUUUCUAUCCGAUCUCUUCACGGAGAAUGCCCUGAAAGCGAAAUCCUUUCCCACGCCUGACGCGACCGCGCUUGCAGCCGCCGGAUUUCCUCCCGACAUCGCCGCGUCUCUUGGCAAUCUCAACACGCAGUCCAAUUUCCCCGGCGUCUCCUUCCCCGGUGCUUUCAACCGUCGUUCUCUCCAGCCCAACCUACAAAGCCUACAGAUGCCUGCCCUAGCAGCUGCUGCUCCUGCAGCUGCUCCUCCAGCUCCAUCUCGUCCGUUCGCUGGGAAUCCUCUGGCCGUCUCCUCGCCGUCGGAUCUCUUCCGCAUUCUCGGAAUCCCUUCCGACUGCCGCGCCGAUGACCAGAACGCCUCUCAGUUCCUGGGCUCCGCGUCUCUGAAGCUGCCAGCGGACCCGAAGCAGGAAGCAGCACCUUCCUCCGACUACCCGAGCACCGCAAAGCGAGUGAAGGUCGCACCAGAGAGGACGACUCGAGCGUCCGUCGCCAUUAGCCAGAUUCAGCUCAACUUCUUUGACUCGGACCUCCCUCUAGGCGGAACUCCAAUCGUGUCAAACCCUCCUCUUCCCUCUCAUUCGUUGAAUCACAGCCCCGUGGAGCGCACGUCGCUGCCGUCCAGACACUCGUCUCCCACGGAAGCUUCCGCCCACGUGCUCGGCCCGUCUGGCGAGCUGCUGGGUAGAGCAGAGGCGGGAGCGGGGGCGGGGCCGGGAGCGGGAGCGGGAGCGACGAAGCGGAAGGCGGUGGUGGAUUUGGAGAAGGAGCUUUGCAUCUUCCACAAUCAGAUCCUUAACGACCCCUCGCCGUCCCUCGCCAACCUCCCUCCCUCCAAUCUCCCCUCCGCCAAUCUCCCCUCCGCCAACCUCCCCUCCGCCAGCUCCGCCGCGCAGAAACCGAUGGCGGCGGGCGCUGCUGCUUCGGGGGUGGGGUCAGUGUCCGAGCGUGCGUCUGCGCGGAGAAGCCUUGGUGUUGCCGGCGGCCUGGCGGGUCUGGACGAGCAGCUACUCGCGGGCAUGACUGCUAGUGGCAUGACUGCGAGCGGCAUGACUGGGGGCAACAUGACCGCGAGCGGCAUGGCUGGCAAUCGGAACGGGAACGCUGCUGCGCGGGCGUCUCAGUUCAACAGUUCCGGCGGUGCAGCGCUGGGAUCUUCGUCCGCGUUUGGCGGCGCAGAUGAGCUCGCGCAGGCCCUGGGGCUGCACUUCACAGGGCAGUUGCCCGUUGACUUGGCUGACUUGGCUUACCUGGAUAACUUGGCGGACAUUGGCGCGAACCAAGUGUCCGCCAACGGUCAGAUGAGAAGCGCAAUGAGCCGCGGGGUGUUCGACCAGGCAGGGGCUGUUGGAGCCGCUAGUCGCGGUGCUGAUGCCGGUGGCUCACGGGGAGGGUUUCCCAUGGCUUCUGGCCCGUCCGGCCCGCCGCAGCCGCAGAAGCUGCAGCACAGGGCUGGGGUGGCCCCUGCUGCCGGUAGUACUGUCGGAUUUGACGAGCUGAGUGGGUCGCUGAGCAGGGCAGGUGCAGUGAACGGCGGUGUAGAGGCGGGGAUGGGAGGGGCGGGAGCGGGGAUGGGGACCAGCCUGGCGGAAAUGGAACGGAUGGCGACUCUGGAAGCGCUCAUGCGGACCUCAGGGAUGCUGCCUCGCCUGAGCCUCGCUGAGCUGCAGCAAAGCCAAGUCCUCAGCACCCACAAUUCCGUGGCCGGAGCUGCUGCUGCUGCAGCGGAAGCGGCUAGUGCAGGGAUGGCAUCAGGCGUUAAGGUUGGGGGUCUCCCAGGGCUUCAGAGCAGGGCGAGCGUUGCUGGGAAGGCUGCGGGAGAUGGUGGAAGAGGUGUGAGAAACGUAGAGCCUAGUGGGAAGGGCGUGUUCAAGUCUGAGACUGCGCUCAAGGCCUUGCCAGAUCGGUCGGCAAACGCUGGUGUGCAUGAGCUCGGUGUGCCAGAGCUAUGUGGUGGUGGUGCUGCUGCGGCUGCAGCUGCUGGGAAGGAGGAGAAGAAGGGGACGAAGAAGAGGGGGAGGGAGGAGAAGCCGAAGCAGAGGCCUCGUGAUAGGCAGCUGAUUCAAGAUCGCGUCAAGGAUCUCCGAGGGAUAGUCCCCAACUCCGAAAGGCUGAGCAUUGAUGGACUGCUGGAGCGUACAAUCCAACAUCUUGUGUUCCUGAGGGAGUUUUCCGCUCUGCGUGCAGACAUUGACAAAGGCCAAGCCAUGCUGGCGGAUAAGAGUUUUGAUGAAUGUAUGAGUGAAUGCCCGGUGUCCGUGCAACAACUCUCGCCAACUCUGGUUCAAAUCAAGGUCGAGUGGAUUGGUAGCACUGUGCCGAUUGACCUUGCUGAUGGUCUUCGCCAAAUUGGGCUGGUGGUUCGCAAGUCAUCAGUCAAGUCCACUGGUGGCCGUGUCAAAGCACACAUCAUUGCUGAGUGCAAACAACUUGUGGAGCGAAUGGACAUCAUGUGGCAUGUUCUCCAGCAUCUGAAAGAUAAGCUGCCAGAUAUGGCCAGUGUGCUUUCUGGGACAGAGAAGCAGGUGGAGACAGGGAAGGUAGAUUCUGUCUUUGAUCCGGCAGAUUCGUGCCGUCAAGUGGUGUAUCAAGUCAGGGUCAUGUCAGCUUGA